AGGAACAUAGACAGACAUGAAAACUGCAGCUAGACCCAGCCAUCUUGUAGUUUAAUGCACUGGGUUGGAAAAUUAAUUUUAAACCGAGGGGCAGUGGGACUUAGGGCAGAGGUCAGCAAUGAGCUUUUCCAGGGCACUGAGGCCCAACAGUUGCCUAAGGGUGCCAGAUGCUAACUUUGGUUCUUCCAGCAAUGUCCCUUGAGAGACAAUUUCAUAAACAAGGUGCCCCCACCCAAAAUAUACCAAUAUUGCUUAGAAUGGUGGUGGCACCUGAAGAAAGGGAAUGGGGUGAUGGGAAUAGAUGCAUUACAGAUUAUUUGGAAGUACUUAAUCCAGGUUGAGAGACUUCACAAUUGUCCUUUUUCAGGAUUUAUACUUGUGACCUUGGAUGCUGAUUCCUGAAUUUAUAUUCAUCUGUUCCUCCUCAGUUUGGAUUUUCAGGAACCAUUAAUGAAGCCCUGUCAAUUAUUUGGAGACAGCAUGAUACAACUAGUGGCCUUUGGCUUGGCAUAAGUCUUACAAAAGUUAGAGGAUAAUAAUGCAUGAGGCAACUUAAAAGCACAGAGACUUGCAGUCUGCUCAAAAUGUUGAAGUGCUUUGAAAGAAUGGAGUGAAAUGUCAUUCAUAUAUAGACACAGUCCCAGAAAAGGCUCGGCAGGGGGGCAGAGCCAGUUGCUGCUGCAUUUUUUCCCCUUCCUCCUCAUUCUUCUGUGAAGUUGCAGAGUGAGCAGAGCAGGGAGGGUGAAUCACAGACCGGGAGCCAAUAAAACGUUAACAGAGGCAAGGACAUUGUGCAUAGCUGAACUCUACACAGCAGAGUCAGGAAGAGAGAAGCAGAAGCAGGAGACUGAUCAGGAGCUUGUAAAAUAUCAGCAUGAGGGAAAUAGUUCAUAUCCAGGCAGGCCAGUGCGGAAACCAAAUUGGAACCAAGGUAAGGGGAAUUAUUAUUAUUACUAAGUUGUAUUUAGCGCCUGGUGGUUCCAGUUGUAAAUCCUCGUGGUACAGUAGGAUUUUCUGUUUUGUGCUAUUGGGACCCUCUUUCUUCAGACACCCACCUGCAAAAUAAGAUACUUUUGAAAAAUAUGUUUAAUUCAUUAGUGCCUUAAGAAUUUAGGAAGAAAGUGAUAAACAAUUUUUUUCUCCUAAGAGUUUCACUUGUUUUGGGGAGAAGUUUCUUGUUCUGUAGCAAACUCGGAUUCUAAUUUUGUGCGUGCUCACAUAAGCUACAGAGUGGGAAACCACCAAAACGGGAACUAAAUAGCUCAUCUCUUCCACGUUGACCAUAAAAGGUUCUGGAAAAAACAGAAACCAAGGGAGAAAAAAACCCCUGAGGCAGCAGCGGGGUGGGGGUGAGGGGAAUUAACCCAAGCUAGAAAUGCUGCUGGAGAUUUUAUCCGUUUUCUCUGUGGUUUGAAAUCUUGAUGUGAAUCUGCCUAGCUUUUGACCUUAUCCCCCCCCCCCACAACCCCACCCUAUAUUUUCUCUGCUGUUCAAGCCUACAGCAGGGAGGGGCUCAGAGGAGCAGCCUUCAAACAUGCCAAGAAUUCGGCAGCUGUUGCUUCAACACAUGCCUCAGAGGCCUGUUCUGUCCCUGCCAAGGAUGGGUGGGUUUCGAUGACUUGCAAUUAGUGGCAGAGAUAAAGAGUAAGGGAAACACGCACACAGAGUGGUUUUUUUUGGGGGGGAGAGCUAUGAUGAUGACCAUCUUCUCAGAGAGUUUGUCUCACUUUUCUUUUCCUUUGCCACUCAAAAGUUUUGGGAAGUGAUCAGUGAUGAACAUGGUAUCGACCCAGCUGGAGGCUAUGUUGGUGACUCACCACUGCAGCUGGAGAGGAUCAAUGUCUACUACAAUGAAUCAUCCUGUAAGUGUACCAUUGUUGUCCAAGGGCUAAGCAUAAUGUGAUCUUAUGGGAGGAGAAGCAAUGAAGAAAGCAAAAAGGUUGCUCAGUUUCCUCUAUGUACUUCAUUAAGUGUGUGUGUAUGUGUUGUUCAACCUCAACUGUUACAGUUCUAUGCUCACUGCUUACUUUGUUGGCAAUAGGAGGCAGGUAAAUUAGAAAGAGUGUGUGAACUACAGUUCCCAGCAUCCUCAGCAAGCUUUACCAAUGGCCAGGGAUGAUUGGAACUGUAUUCAUUAACAUCUGGCAGGCCAGAGGUUCCCCACAUGUGGCACAGAAACACAAAAAAUUGGCACUUGGACACAUAAUUCAGCGUAUUUUAUUUCAAAAUUUGAAAUGAAACUUUAAAAACAAAUGGAAGAUUUGCGAAGAUUGACUUGAAAGUGCUUUGAGCUAACUGGAGUGGAAUCCCACAAGGAAUAGGAGGAAAGGGGAACUAGAUUUUUAGUGGGCCGGAGGACAGUCUCAGUGUGCUGUACUGCACUUUGCCCCCCCCCCCAAAGUAGAAUAAAAGAUAUGCUAAUUUCCUGGCUUUUUAUUUUCUUGCAUAGAGCAGAAACACAAGCAACUUAAGGAGACAUCAGUUUCACCAUGAUCCUCCCUUUGCUAGCUGUAUGUUGAAGGGCUGACCUCAUUGCUUUGUAUUUGUGCUCAGAGUAUUGCAGUCUUCUGUUUUGUAGAGGCCUUCAGCUUCCACAAUCAUGGGAAAGCUUUUCACUGUCCCACAGAAACCUGUGUAGAUUAUCUGGUUCUAAGUCUCGCUGUCGAUAGUUAAUUUGUAAAGAGAGAAGAGCCCAUUACUUAAACACUUUGCUUCCCACUUCGGUCCCAGAUAUGAAGGAUGAGGUGAUUAGUCACUCAAGGUGCUUUCAGACUGGUGGUGUUUAGUACUAUAGUUCCCUGUUCUUCUGCUGAAUCCUACAUGUGGAAUUGCUAAUGACUUUCUACACAUUGGAGGAUAUGGUGCUCUGAGUGGUCUAUCCAGCUGUGUUCCAUCUACACUACUGGGCAUAACAUAACUUGUGUGGGUGAGGUGAAUGGAAAGUUCAAUUGAGCAUGUCAUUUUAGCAGCAUGGCUUUUAAAAAUAAAAAUGUGAAAUUCUUCAGUAUACAGUAACACUGUUUAAUUUAAGCACACUUGUGCAACUAACUUAGCAGAACAUGCUUCUAAAAUGGCGUUGACGGGAGAGGCAGCAUAUUAAAAAAUGAACUUCUCAAUUUGCACUAAAACACUUCUUUCAUAUAAGCACUGAUGCUGCUGACUAGAAAGCUUAAUAGUGAAGAUGUGCUAAAGCAUAGAUGCAUAUCAGGCUCAAGUGCCUGAUAUGUGCACACUGCACAUGUCAAACCUAGACCUCUUUUUAAAAUAAUACAGAAUCAUAACACUAGGGCAAUCUACACAGAUAUUGCAGUGCUGCUCUGUUUUAUGCUUUUUAAAGUAGGUUUUCGAUAUUUGACAAAUAGUGGAAGAACUAUGGGAAAAACACAGGAGAACAAUGAUUUCAUGAUAACAUCACACAGAUGCCUGUAAAAAGCAACAAAGACUAAUGAAUUUACUAUGGUGUAAGCCUUAACUGACUAUAGUUUAUUUUGUAAGAUGCAUCCAUUGGCAGGUAUAGAAACAAAGAACUGUAGAGGAAAAUAACAUAAGCAGCAGUGAGGUUAGAAAUAAAUGAAAUGCAAAAAAUCCAGAGUAAAUGCCUGGUGUGGAAGCACCCUCUCAUAUAAAAUGAAAGUUUUUUCCCACAUGUAUAUAAGCAGAACUUGAAUCUUCUUCACCUUCCAAAGGAUAAGCCUUGGUACUGAACAUCUGAGCCCUUGCUCAAUUUAAAGACUGCUGGUUAUAAGGGUUAUAGUGAGCAAAUGAUCCUGUUCAUCUCCAACCUUUAACUUAACGAGUUCCAAGCACUUUUGCCUUUUGAUUCAGGAAAGUUCAUGGAGGACAAAGUUUGCAGCACCAGCUAAGCCGUGAUUCACUAACAGCAGUUCCCUAAAUGCCAGGAACCAUUGUCCCAGCCCAAUAGCAUAAAAUCCUGCCAUUCUUUACAAAUACGAGCAUGUUAAGCGUUUGUCCUGGAUGCAUUCCAGACUGGGUGGUUCAUUCUCUUUCAACUAAAGACUUCCAACACUUUUGGUUGGGUUAGGCCUGCCACCUCCCCUCCUUCCAUUUCUGGCUGAUCAGUGCUGCAAUGUGCCUGUGAUAUCUAUCUGUUCUAAUCCCCCUGCAGUUUGCAGCAUUGUUAGCAGAUAGGAAGGGAGAAAGCAACUUUCCAGUCAUGGUGGGGCCUGGUAUAAGAGAUAACAGUGGGACUAUCCCUCCUCUUUACAUCUACAGUGGUACCUCUGGUUAAGAACUUAAUUCAUUCCAGAGGUCCGUACUUAGCCUGAAACUGUUCUUAACCUGAAGCACCACUUUAGCUAAUGGGGUCUCCUGCUGCUUCCACUGCGCCGCUGCACGAUUUCUGUUCUCAUCCUGAAGCAAAGUUCUUAACCUGAGGUACUAUUUCUGGAUUAGCGGAGUCUGUAACCUGAAGCGUCUGUAACCCGAGGUACCACUGUAGUUGUUUAAAAGAGUCACAGAAACGCAGCUAUGCUUGCUAGAGUAACUUUAGGGGUUGACACAAGUAGGGAAGCAAAGGGCUAAUACAGGCACCCCCCCCCCCCCCCCCCCCCCCCGUGGAUAUGACUGAACUACAGCUCCUUAUUUGCCUUAGCAAGCAUAGGCAAUGGCCAGGGAUAUGGGGAAUUGUAUUCCAGCAAUAUCUAGAGGGCUACUGAUUCUCCAUCACUUCUCUGUAGUGUGAGUCCCAACCAUAUAUAUAUUUGGGAACAAGCCCCAUUGAACACAGUGGGAUUUCCUUCCAAGUACUGCCCAUUGCUAAUGGAAAUAUGAUAGAGUUUUCCUGUUUCCAUAUGUACAAUUUUCUACCUAGCAGAACAAAAUUAAUUACUUUUAAUGUUGAUUUCCUAACAAAUGUAUUUAUAAUGGCUCCCGUCACCCCUGACUAUUGGCUGUUUUGGUUGAGCCGAUUGGAGUAGGAAUCCCACAACAUCUGUAGGGCCAGUGGAUCCCCAUCCCUGCCUCAGGAUAUGUUUACAACCAGUGUCCUUUAUCACAUGUCCUUUCAUUUCAGUUUUUAAUUUGUUGUCCCAGUACUAAUCUCCAUGUUUCCUCUGCAUGUACACUUCUUCCUCUCUAGAUUGUGGGCUCAUGUUUUCUAUUGUUUUGUUUCAAAAAUAGCACCAGCUUGCACAAUUAUAUUCAGGUACCUAUAAACUUGCUAAGAACUUUAAUAUGAUAUGCAAACAAGGGAUUACAGAGGGUGUGUGUGUGGAGAAAGUGAUCCAGGGGCUUGUGAAUUUGCUGCAUUGCACAGAAUGGAAACACCAUCCUCUGUCACCAAAACAACUCAGCAAAUUUUAUAUGGUGAAUGUAAACAAGAUCAGCUGGUAAUCAAAAAGACUUUGACAAUAAAGGUCAGGCCAAUGGUCACAGUAAGGGACAUUAUGUUAUAUUUUCCCAAACAUUUGUGGGGAAGUAGAGGUAUACCUUAAACUGAGCUACUAGAAACACAGUGAUAAAUAAUUACAUAUGUUAUGUGUAUGCAAUAAAGAUGUGGCAAGCAAUUGUAAUAAAUUAAAUCCCAAAGCAAGAUGCAUUUCAUUUUUCUUAUAGCUCAGAAAUAUGUGCCCAGAGCAAUCUUGGUGGACUUGGAGCCUGGAACCAUGGACAGUGUGCGGUCUGGUCCAUUUGGACAACUCUUUCGGCCUGAUAAUUUCAUCUUUGGUAUGUAUAUGAUUGUCUGUUACAAAUGCUGGCUAAACUUACCAAGUAGAUUAUGUUGGAGUUUGGCAAAGUGCAGAAAUAAAUUGUUUAUUUCUUUCAACCGCUGGUUGAAAGAAUAAAGAAACUUAUUACUCCUGGCAAACAAACCGUUCUGGGUACAAGCUCAUAUGGCCUUUAUGGAGCCAUGAGGUUAACAAAAAGGUCGAAUACUAACUGAUGGGAGGGGGAAGAGGAAGCAAGUAAAGCCUGAGGAAAACAAUCUGUAGGUGGUGACUUAAGAAGGAAUAAGCAAGGGAAGACUAUGUUGCCUUUCUGUCUCUUAUCCCCAUUGGGUCAGGUAACCUUCUAACAGAUGAUGAAAACAGGAAGGAAAAUGUAAAAAGGGGUGGGAAAACUGUGACUUCUCAGAUGUUGUUGAACUCAUCAUCCCUGCUUCAUUGGCCAUGCUGGUUUAGGCUGAUGGGAAUUAAAGCCCCAAAACAUCUGGAAUGUCACAGUUCACCACUUUGAGAUAACCCUUGUUUACAGGCAGUUUGGGCCAAUGUCUCUCUCUAAGUCAGAAAAGGGCACAUGACCCACAAGUUACAGGCAGAUUGCCAGUGCAUUUCUAUGUGACUUUACUGAAAUCUUUUACGAAAAUGAAGUAGUGGGCUCUAAAUUGUAAAUUUAGAGAGUCAUAUGUGUCGGUCUUUAAAAAGUGCAAGGAGAACGAGGGAUGCACAGACUAACUUUAUCUGUCAUUGGAAAAUAAGUGGUCCAGUUAAAGUGUGGGUCUAUGGGGUAAUCUCUUUUGUAAAUAAUAUUUUUUUAUUAAAAAUGUCUGUGUAAAUGAUUACAGAUUUAUGGAGUGCUUUUGGACAUGCUGAAAGCAACACCUUGGUUUUAAAUGUAGUCAUACUUCAUGUUGUGUCCGCUUCAGGUUACGUGUUUUCAUGUUGCGUCCUGCGGCAACCUGGAAGUACUGGAAUUGGUUACUUCCAGGUUUCACUGCUUGCACAUGCGCAGAAGUGCUAAAUCGGGCCCUGUGCAUGCGCAGACGCGGCGCUUCGGCUUGCGUCAGUUCCGUGUUACGGAUGGGCCUCCGGAAUGGAUCCUGUCCGUAACAUGAGGUUCCACUGUAGUCAGAACAGUGCAGCAUUUUAUGUUAUUUCUGUAGUGCCAUCAUGCCACUAUGUACUUGAGGAACAUGUGGAAUGUUUUGGACACAUUUGGCAGUUAAAUGAGCUCUCGGUGUAACUCUAUUUAAAAGUUUUCCACAAAGUCUAUGCUUAAAUGCAUACAGUGGAUAAAUAUGAAUAUUUUGAAGUUCCUUAUUAUUUCAUGAGUUGUAAACCUAUUCACCUCUUCCCCUUUGUUGUGUUACCUCAGGACAAACAGGAGCUGGAAAUAACUGGGCCAAAGGACAUUAUACGGAAGGAGCAGAGCUGGUAGAUUCAGUGCUUGAUAUAGUAAGAAAAGAAUGUGAACACUGUGAUUGCUUGCAGGGAUUUCAGCUCACUCAUUCUCUUGGAGGAGGAACAGGUUCUGGGAUGGGAACACUACUGAUCAGCAAAAUCCGAGAGGAAUAUCCUGAUCGGAUCAUGAAUACAUUCAGUGUCAUGCCAUCUCCUAAAGUCUCUGACACUGUUGUGGAGCCAUAUAACGCCACACUCUCAGUCCACCAACUGGUUGAAAAUACAGACGAAACCUACUGUAUUGAUAACGAAGCCUUGUAUGAUAUUUGCUUCCGCACUCUGAAGCUUACCACACCAACAUACGGAGAUCUGAACCACUUGGUGUCCGCUACAAUGAGCGGGGUAACAACAUCAUUGCGUUUUCCUGGUCAGCUAAAUGCAGAUUUGCGCAAGCUGGCAGUGAAUAUGGUCCCAUUCCCACGCCUACACUUCUUUAUGCCAGGAUUUGCUCCACUGACUGCCCGAGGGAGCCAACAAUACCGGGCUCUCACAGUCCCGGAACUCACGCAACAGAUGUUUGAUGCCAAAAAUAUGAUGGCAGCUUGCGACCCAAGGCACGGACGGUAUUUGACAGUAGCUACAGUCUUCCGAGGUCCCAUGUCCAUGAAAGAAGUUGAUGAACAGAUGCUGGCCAUCCAGAACAAGAACAGCAGCUACUUUGUGGAAUGGAUCCCAAAUAACGUCAAAGUGGCCGUUUGUGAUAUAGCACCCCGUGGCCUCAAGAUGGCCUCUACCUUCAUCGGCAACAGCACAGCUAUCCAAGAGCUCUUCAAAAGAAUCUCAGAGCAAUUCUCAGCCAUGUUCAGGAGAAAAGCUUUUCUUCACUGGUUUACAGGAGAAGGAAUGGACGAGAUGGAAUUCACAGAAGCAGAGAGCAACAUGAAUGACCUUGUGUCAGAGUAUCAGCAGUACCAAGAAGCUACAGCAAAUGAUGGAGAGGAAAUUUUUGAAGACGAGGAGGAAGAAAUUAAUGAAUGAAGUCUAUCAAAUGCUGUUCUAAAAAUGAUUAAGUCUGAAUAGCUAGCUCUAGUUCUAAUCUUUUCCAGGAUAGUAAAGAAUAUAACAGACUUAUUUUUCAGGACUAUAUUGUUUUCCUCAAACUGUGAAUCAGAAAAAUCACCUUAGGCUGCAAUCUUAAGCACAGUUACUUGAAAGUGAGUGUUGAUACCAGCAGGACUUGCAUCAUCAAAGUAAAUGUGUUUUGCAGUUAGUGAGGCUUUUGAGUGCUAUUCUGUACUAAGUAUAUAGUAUUGAGUUGCUGGGAACAAACUGUUAAUAAAAGGAAUGGAAAAAGUCUAA